AUGGCUCCUCCUUCGCCCAGCUCCAAGGACGUUCCAAAUGACACGCCCCAGGAUAAGGGCGAAACCACAAUAUAUCCCGUACUCUCUUAUUCGCAGGGCGAGAUUCGAGAUGGUUCCGGAUCCAAGUUACCUGAGGGGGUCAUUGAUGACGCCGCCAAAUACUUGACUGACACUCGCGCCGAGCAAUUCCAACCCUUGACGCCGGAAAGGGAGAAGCGACUCCGGAAGAAGAUUGAUUCUUGGAUGAUUCCCUUGCUUUUGUUUACUGCGACGCUCGGGGCCGUGGACAAGGUCGAAAUCGGAACUGCCUCGCUCUACGGAUUCCAAGAAGACAACAACAUGCAUGGGCAGCAAUACAGCUGGCUUGGAAGCAUCUUACCUCUUGGCCAACUGUGCGGUUAUGUGUUGACCACCUGGCUUGUCCAUAGAGUUCCGCCGGGAAGACUUCUCUGCAGUGCGUCUCUACUGUGGUCGAUCCUCACCAUGUUGUAUGCCGCUUGCCAUACUUGGGCAGGCUUCAUGGCACUUCGAUUCUUCAUGGGCUUCGUGGAAGCUGCGAUCGCUCCGAGCCUGACUAUGCUCGUGGUCAGCUUUUACAAGAAACAGGAGCAACCUCAGAGGAACGCCAUCAUAUUCGCCUACUUCUCAUCAGUUUUCAAUGGCUUCUUCGCCUGGGUGGUUGGCUAUAUUCCUGACUCGGCGCCUCUCAAGAAAUGGCAGUACCUCUAUCUCAUCACAGGUUCUAUCAAUGUCCUCUACUCGCUUUUCCUCUGCCUCGUGCUUCCGGACAGCCCGAUGAACGCUCGGUUCCUCACAGCAGAAGAGAAGUUCUGGGCUGUGGAGCGGCUUGCAUCAAACAGGACUGGCAUUUCAAACAAAGUGUGGAAAUGGGACCAAGUUUGGGAGGCCCUCUUGGACGUGAGGAUCUGGUUGAUAUUCUUGUUCAACAUCGCCAUCAACAUCCCCAACGGCGGACUGCAGGCCUUCGGGACGAUCAUCAUCUCCGACCUUGGUUUCAGUAAUCUCAAAGCGAGCUUACUCACCAUGCCGUUUGGCAUCGUGGCAACUUUCGGCGCUUGGUUUUUCAGCUAUAUCGCCAGCCUGACCAACCGAAGGACGUUCGUUGCUUGUGGCGCGCUGUUGCUGCCCAUUCUUGGCACGGCACUCGUGUACGGGCUUCCGCAAUCAAACGUGGCUGGACAACUGGUCGGCUUGUAUUUCAUGUAUUUCUAUUGGCCACCCUACGUGGUUGGGAUUUCCCUGCCCCAGGCCAACACAGCUGGUCAAACCAAGAAGUCGAUAGCCUUCAGCCUUGUGACCAUAGGCUAUGCCGCUGGAAAUCUGAUUGGGCCCCAGACGUUCAUUUCCAAAGAUGCGCCGAAGUAUACAAGUGGCGUCAUCGCGAUGUUGGUCUCAUAUUGUGUUUCCAUCGCACUGCUCCUAUUAUACUACGUCAAUGUUUAUGUAGAGAAUAAGCGCAGGGACAAGAAGUAUGGCAAGCCGGAUGAACUUCGUAAUGUGGUGGAGGGUUUCGCCGACGUCACGGAUAAGAAGCAAGAAGAUUUUAGGUACACACAUUAG